AUGGCUGCCUCCGCAGAUGCUUGUACCGGCUAUGAUAGUCUGGGCAAUCCCUACCAAGAGUUUUCUUGUACCUAUCCUUUCUUGGCCCCCUUCUACUUUGAAUUUGAGAAAUACAGGGAUCCACUCCCAGCUCUCCACUGGAUGCAAGAUCGCCCUUUUAUCCCAAUUGUUGCCGUCAUCCUCUAUGGUAUCGGAAUCUAUUAUGGUCCCAAGUUGAUGGAGAACCGAGAAUCCUGGAACUGCAAGAAGACUCUGGCUGCUUGGAAUCUUUUCUUGUCUGUUUUCUCCUUUAUGGGAGCGGCUCGCACUGUUCCUCAUGUACUGCACGAUAUGAUGAAUCGAUCGGUUCGCGACUGUAUGUGUGCCGAUGCUCGUAUGGGAAUGGGAAGUGGAUCUACCGGACUCUGGCUGUUUCUGUUCGCCUGGAGUAAAUUCCCAGAAUUAAUCGACACCUUCUUUCUCAUUGUCCACAAGAAAAACGUUUUGUUUUUGCACUGGUACCAUCACAUUACCGUCCUCCUUUACACCUGGUAUGGAUUCACGAACGCUUCCCCCAUUGGUUGUCACAUGACGGCUAUGAACUUUACCGUACACGCUGUUAUGUACUUUUACUACUUUCUUAUGGCUAUCAAAAUGAAGCCCAAGUGGUUCAACCCCAUGUGGAUCACCUUUAUGCAAAUAUCGCAGAUGAUUGGAGGAUGCAUCGUCACCGUGUUGGGAUACCAGUACUGGAAGAUCGACCCCGACUGCACACUCAACGAUGGGGUGGUGCUUUCAGGAUUCCUCAUGUACGGAAGCUACUUGUACCUGUUCUGCCAGUUCUUCGUAGGGAGGUUCAUUACGCCAAGAUUUUCUGCCAGUGUCAAGAAGCAAAAGACCGUAUAA